AUGGAAAGCGUUAUCGGGCUCGUCAAUCGGCUACAACAGGUUUGUACAGCGCUAGGCGAUCAUGGCGGCGGCGACGAGACGGAUUCAGCUCUCCCCACGCUGUGGGAGCAACUCCCGUCCGUGGCUGUGGUGGGAGGCCAGUCGUCCGGUAAAUCCUCCGUACUGGAGAGCAUCGUGGGGAAGGAUUUUCUGCCCAGAGGAUCGGGGAUUGUGACUCGGCGGCCGCUGGUGCUACAGCUGCACAAGCAAGACGGUCCGGAAUACGCGGAAUUUAUGCACGCGCAGGGGAAGAAAAUAUCGGACUUCAACUUGAUCCGAAAAGAAAUUCAAGACGAAACGGACCGCGUGACGGGCAAGACGAAGGGCAUCUCGUCGGUUCCCAUCCACCUGAGCAUCUACUCGCCGAACGUGAUCGACCUGACGCUGGUGGAUCUGCCGGGUCUCACCAAGAUCGCGGUGGACGGGCAGCACGAGAGCAUUGUGGCGGAGAUCGAGUCCAUGGUGCGGAACUUUGUGGACAAUCCCAACUGUAUCAUUCUGGCGAUUUCGCCCGCGAAUCAGGAUCUUGCCACGUCGGACGCGAUGAAGCUCGCCAGAGAGGUCGAUCCGCAGGGUGAUCGCACAUGGGGUGUGUUGACCAAGCUAGAUCUCAUGGACAAGGGCACCAACGCCCUCGAUAUCCUGGAGGGGCGCACGUUCAAGCUGAAGAAGCCGUGGAUCGGAGUGGUGAACCGGUCGCAGGCGGACAUCAACCGCGCGGCGGACAUGACGAGUGCGCGGCGGCGCGAGCGCGAGUUCUUCCAGACGUCCCCCGACUACGCGCACCUGGCGUCGCGCAUGGGCACGGAGUACCUGGCCAAGAUGGUGUCCAAGCACCUCGAGGAGGUCAUCAAGUCGUGCAUUCCUGGCAUCACGGCCCUGGUGAACAACAACGUGGACGAGCUUGAGAAGGAGCUCAUGGCGUUCGGGCGGCCCAUCGGGGACGAUGCAGGAGCGCAGCUGUACCAGGUGCUGGAGAUGAGCCGCGCCUUUUAUGACACCUUCCAGGACCACCUCGACGGGCGGCGCGCGGGCGGUGACCGCAUCACGAGCGUGUUUGAGGACAAGCUGCCGGCCGCGCUGAAGAAGCUGCCGUUCGACAAGUAUCUCAGCCUGCAGAACGUGCGCAAGGUGGUGGCAGAGGCGGACGGGUACCAGCCUCACCUGAUCGCCCCUGAGAACGGUUAUCGGCGGCUGAUAGAGGGCGCGCUGCUCAUGUUCAAGGGGCCUGCUGAGGCCGUGGUGGAUGAGGUGCACUUCAUUCUCAGAGAUCUUGUGAAGGCUGCAAUAGGGGAGACUCCACAGCUGCUGCGCUUCCCAACGCUCCAGGCGCAACUGCUGGCAGCGUCAUCAGCAGCGCUGGAGGUGUUUCGGGAGGAGAGUCGGCGCACAGCAGUGACCAUGGUGGAGAUGGAAACGUCCUUCCUCACCGUCGACUUCAUCCGCCGCCUCCCGCAAAUGGACGACGCGCCGCCGCCCAAGCGCGGGGACUUUGUGCCGCAGGGCGCCGACCGGUACACAGAGAUCCACCUGCGGCGCAUCGGCAGCAACGUGUCGCAGUAUGUGACGUUUGUGAUGGAGGCGCUGAGGAACUCCAUUCCCAAGGCUGUCGUGCAUUGCCAGGUGCGGGAGGCGAAGCGCACGCUGCUGGACGCGUUCUACACGCAGGUGGGCAACGAGGAGGGCAAGCAGCUGUCGAAGCUGCUGGACGAGGACCCCGCGCUCAUGGCGCGCAGACAGGCCCUCAGCAAGCGCCUCGAGCUGCUCCGACGGGCGCGGUCCGAGAUCGACAGCGGCCCUGUAGCCAUGGAUUGUAGGGACGAUGAUGACCCUGCUAGGUCGCAUCGUCCACUUACUGGUCUCGACUUUCUGAGAGGCGGUCCGCCUACCGCCACGCCUGAAAGAGAUCCGCCUGUGCAGCCCCCAGUUACCAACAACGAACCAACGGCAAGCACGGAGCCCUGGCCGGAUUUUAAUCAGCGGCAACAGCUGAGCGAUCCGCCUGUGGAAGAGUCGCCCACUAGAGCGACCGGGCGCGUCGCAACUCCCACGGUCAGUGCUGUCCGAAGCGCAGGCGUCUCCCGGUUCCCGAAGUUCGGGAAGUUCACUCAAUCGACUAUUCGGUUUGCUCGAACUCGCGUACCUCAUGUGCGCCUCACGCAAGGAAGGUCGCCCUCUCCCGCAGCUGCUGCUACUCCGCUGACUCCAGCGACUGGCACGAGCAGGGUGCCUUCGGAUCCAGGGCCGUCCAGGCCGUCUAUUUUGGUUCCGGAUCCUGACGCGCUUCUCGAAGAACUGAAGAAGAAGUGCACCGACAUCUGGCAACGUCGUUUCCCCUGGCUGCUGAUAUCACAAAGGAAGGAUGGUCGCCCGUGCAUGAAGUGCAGUGUCUGCAUCAGAUACGGACCGCCACACUGGCAGUACGGCAAGGCGGGCGAGGGUGGCGUGGACAUCCAGAAGCAGACCAUGCGCAAGCAUGGUCUGAGUCGCAAGCAUCAGGACGCCCUCGAUCGUAAAGCCCGAGCCGAAGGAGGUAAAGUUGCUCAACGAGGGAUUGAUGAGUAUGAGGACGGGGUGGGGGAGAUUGAGCGUUUGAAACAACUUCUAUUAGUGGUGCUUUUCAUAUGCAAGUCGGAUGCACCUAUUGCGCUCUUUGUUGGCCUUGUGCACCUGCUACACGUUCUGAAGACCCCCAACAUUCCCGACAAGGCCAUCGGCACCUACCAGACAGAAGAGGCUCUCGCAGCCAAGGAUGCCGCGACGAACAUCCCCGCCUUCAACAUCGUCGACCAAGGGAUCCGCGCCAUCGCGACCCUCAUUGGCGGAAGCUGCGUCGUCCACCAGAGGUUCCACGAGCUGCAAACCGUGAUUCACGCCACGAACUUGGAGAUGCAGGGGAUUUUCGAUGUUCGCUGGCUGUCGCGGGGCGAUGCUGUUUCGAGACUUGUCGCUGUGCAAAACACCUGCGAGAAGUUGAACGCGCGCUAUGUGGAGUACGGGGUGAACUUCGCGGAGGACAGCGAGCACCUCACUGCCUUCCUCGAAGCGCACUCCCAUCCGUCCAAGCGGGUGGUCCAGGUGGAGGGGAUGGAUGGAGACGGCAACGCCGUCAAACACACCUUCAAGCUGCACGAGCUGGAUGCGAAGAAGAAAGAGGAUCCCUCGGGUGACGUCGAGUCCUGCGUGUCCCUCGCCACCCUGUUUGCGAAGGAGGUGAUCGGCAGGCUACAGUACCGCAUGCGAAGCUUGAAGUCCCUCGUUGGGUCCAAGCUAUUUCUGCCAGACGCCUAUCCGGAUGGCGUGAACAAGCGCGACCGUCUGUGCGCGGAGUGGUUCAGCUCCCUUCGCAAGAUGUUUAACGCCGAGCAGUGCGCUCUGCCAGGUACGUGUUUUCAAAUUCCGCGUUGUCCCUAA